AUGGCAACUCCAGACGCUGAUAUGGCAGCGUUUGGGGAGGCUGCUCCCUACCUCCGAAAGUCAGAGAAGGAGAGAAUCGAGGCCCAGAACAAGCCCUUUGAUGCCAAGACAUCUGUCUUCGUGGUGCAUCCUAAAGAAUCCUUUGUGAAAAGCACAAUCCAGAGCAAAGAAUCAGGGAAGGUCACCGUCAAGACUGAAGCAGGAGAGACCCUGACUGUGAAGGAAGAUCAGGUCUAUCCCAUGAACCCUCCCAAGUAUGACAAGAUAGAGGACAUGGCCAUGAUGACCCACCUGCACGAACCCGCCGUGCUGUACAACCUCAAAGAGCGUUAUGCAGCCUGGAUGAUCUACACCUACUCAGGUCUCUUCUGUGUCACUGUCAACCCCUACAAGUGGCUGCCGGUGUACAACCCGGAGGUGGUGUUGGCCUACCGAGGCAAGAAGCGCCAGGAGGCUCCUCCACACAUCUUCUCCAUCUCUGACAAUGCCUAUCAGUUCAUGCUGACUGAUCGGGAGAACCAGUCCAUCCUGAUCACUGGAGAAUCUGGUGCAGGCAAGACUGUGAACACCAAGCGUGUCAUCCAGUACUUUGCAACAAUUGCAGCCAGUGGGGAGAAGAAGAAGGAGGAGCAGACAUCAGGCAAGAUGCAGGGCACGCUUGAGGAUCAAAUCAUCAGCGCCAACCCUCUGCUGGAGGCCUUUGGAAAUGCCAAGACCGUGAGGAACGACAACUCCUCACGCUUUGGCAAAUUCAUCAGAAUCCACUUUGGGGCCACAGGCAAACUGGCUUCUGCUGACAUUGAAACUUAUCUGCUGGAGAAGUCCAGAGUCACUUUCCAGCUGCCAGCAGAAAGAAGCUACCACAUCUUUUAUCAGAUCAUGUCGAACAAGAAGCCAGAGCUAAUUGACAUGCUCCUGAUAACCACCAACCCUUAUGACUUCCACUAUGUGAGUCAAGGUGAGGUCACUGUUCCCAGCAUUGAUGACCAAGAGGAGCUGAUGGCUACAGAUAGUGCCAUUGACAUCCUGGGCUUCACUGCUGAUGAGAAGACAGCCAUCUACAAACUGACAGGGGCUGUCAUGCACUAUGGGAACCUGAAGUUCAAGCAGAAACAACGAGAGGAGCAGGCAGAGCCUGAUGGCACAGAAGUGGCUGACAAGGCUGCCUACCUGAUGGGCCUGAACUCAGCUGAGCUGCUCAAAGCCCUGUGCUAUCCCCGAGUCAAGGUCGGCAAUGAAUACGUGACCAAAGGUCAAAACGUGACCCAGGUGAACAACGCAGUUGGUGCCCUGGCCAAAGCUGUCUUUGAGAAGAUGUUCCUCUGGAUGGUUGUUCGCAUCAACCAGCAGCUGGACACCAAGCAGCCCAGGCAGUACUUCAUUGGUGUGCUGGACAUUGCUGGCUUUGAGAUCUUUGAUUUCAACAGCUUUGAGCAGCUGUGCAUCAACUUCACCAAUGAGAAACUGCAACAGUUCUUCAACCACCACAUGUUCGUGCUGGAGCAGGAGGAGUACAAGAAGGAAGGCAUUGAGUGGGAGUUCAUUGACUUUGGCAUGGACCUGGCUGCCUGCAUCGAGCUCAUUGAGAAGCCCAUGGGCAUCUUCUCCAUCCUGGAAGAGGAGUGCAUGUUCCCCAAGGCAACUGACACCUCUUUCAAGAACAAGCUCUACGACCAGCACCUGGGCAAGUCCAACAACUUCCAGAAGCCCAAACCUGCCAAAGGCAAGGCUGAGGCUCACUUCUCCCUGGUGCACUAUGCUGGCACUGUGGACUACAACAUCACUGGCUGGCUGGAGAAGAACAAGGACCCCCUGAAUGAAACUGUCAUUGGGCUGUACCAGAAAUCAUCUGUAAAGACACUGGCCUUGCUCUUUGCCAACUAUGGUGGAGCAGAUGCAGGUCAGCUCUGUGAGAAAUGUAUUUGCAGUGCGGAGCAGUAUGCUGGUGGUGGCAAAAAGGGUGGCAAGAAGAAGGGUUCCUCUUUCCAGACUGUCUCAGCUCUUUUCCGGGAGAAUUUAAACAAGCUGAUGACUAAUCUGAGAAGCACUCAUCCCCAUUUUGUACGAUGCAUCAUCCCAAAUGAAACAAAAACACCUGGUGCCAUGGAGCAUGAGCUGGUGCUGCACCAGCUGCGCUGUAACGGUGUGCUGGAAGGGAUCCGCAUCUGCAGGAAGGGAUUCCCCAGCAGAGUCCUCUACGCCGACUUCAAACAGAGAUACAGGGUGCUUAAUGCCAGUGCUAUCCCAGAGGGACAGUUCAUGGACAGCAAGAAGGCUUCAGAAAUGCUUCUUGGCUCCAUUGAUGUGGACCACACCCAAUACAGAUUUGGUCACACCAAGGUGUUCUUCAAAGCUGGGCUGCUGGGACUCCUGGAGGAGAUGCGAGAUGACAAGCUGGCAGAGAUCAUCACUCGCACUCAGGCCAGGUGCAGAGGUUUCCUGAUGAGAGUGGAGUACAGGAAAAUGGUGGAGAGGAGGGAUUCCAUCUUCUGCAUCCAGUACAAUGUUAGAGCAUUCAUGAACGUCAAGCACUGGCCCUGGAUGAAGCUAUUCUUCAAGAUCAAGCCCUUGCUGAAGAGUGCAGAGUCUGAGAAGGAAAUGGCCAACAUGAAGCAAGAGUUUGAGAAAACCAAGGAAGAGCUUGCAAAGUCUGAGGCCAAGAGGAAGGAGCUGGAGGAGAAAAUGGUGGCCUUGCUGCAGGAAAAAAAUGACCUGCAGCUGCAAGUGCAGGCUGAAGCAGAUAGCUUGGCUGAUGCUGAGGAGAGAUGUGACCAGCUCAUCAAAAACAAAAUCCAGCUGGAGGCCAAAAUUAAGGAACUGACUGAAAGAUGUGAAGACGAGGAAGAAAUUAAUGCUGAGCUGACAGCCAAGAAGAGAAAACUGGAGGAUGAAUGUUCAGAGCUGAAGAAAGAUAUUGAUGACCUGGAGUUAACACUGGCCAAGGUGGAGAAGGAAAAGCAUGCCACUGAGAACAAGGUGAAAAACCUCACAGAGGAGAUGGCAGCCCUGGAUGAGACCAUUGCUAAGCUGACAAAAGAGAAGAAAGCCCUCCAAGAGGCACAUCAGCAGACACUGGAUGACCUGCAGGCAGAGGAGGACAAAGUCAACACUCUGACCAAAGCUAAAACCAAGCUGGAGCAGCAAGUGGACGAUCUGGAAGGGUCCCUGGAGCAAGAGAAGAAACUGCGCAUGGACCUGGAGAGAGCCAAGAGGAAACUGGAAGGAGACCUGAAGCUGUCCCAAGACAGCAUCAUGGAUCUGGAAAAUGAUAAGCAGCAGCUGGAUGAGAAACUGAAGAAGAAAGACUUUGAGAUCAGCCAGAUCCAGAGCAAAAUCGAGGAUGAGCAAGCCCUGGGCAUGCAAUUCCAGAAGAAGAUCAAAGAGCUGCAGGCUCGCAUUGAGGAGCUGGAGGAGGAAAUUGAGGCCGAGCGAACCUCUCGCGCAAAAGCAGAGAAGCAUCGAGCUGACCUCUCCCGGGAGCUGGAGGAGAUCAGUGAGCGCCUGGAAGAGGCAGGAGGAGCUACAGCAGCACAGAUUGAGAUGAACAAGAAGCGUGAGGCAGAGUUCCAGAAGAUGCGUCGUGACCUGGAAGAGGCCACGCUGCAGCACGAGGCCACGGCUGCCGCCCUGCGCAAGAAGCACGCGGACAGCACCGCUGAGCUUGGGGAGCAGAUCGACAACCUGCAGAGAGUGAAGCAGAAGCUGGAGAAGGAGAAGAGUGAGCUGAAGAUGGAGAUUGACGACCUGGCCAGCAACAUGGAGUCUGUCUCCAAAGCCAAGGCAAACCUGGAGAAGAUGUGCCGCACUCUGGAAGAUCAGCUGAGUGAGCUGAAAACCAAGGAGGAGCAGAACCAGCGCAUGAUCAAUGACCUCAACACUCAAAGAGCUCGUCUGCAGACAGAAUCAGGUGAAUAUUCACGCCAGGUGGAGGAGAAGGAUGCUCUGAUUUCUCAACUGUCUAGGGGCAAGCAAGGAUUCACCCAGCAGAUUGAGGAACUCAAGAGACAUCUGGAGGAAGAAAUCAAGGCCAAGAACGCCCUGGCCCAUGCCCUGCAGUCUGCUCGCCAUGACUGUGACUUGCUCCGGGAGCAAUAUGAGGAGGAGCAGGAAGCCAAGGCAGAGAUGCAGCGAGCCCUGUCCAAGGCCAACGGAGAAGUGGCUCAGUGGAGAACCAAAUACGAGACGGACGCCAUCCAGCGCACGGAGGAGUUGGAGGAGGCCAAGAAGAAGCUGGCACAACGCCUGCAGGAUGCAGAGGAACAUGUUGAAGCUGUCAAUGCCAAAUGUGCCUCCCUGGAAAAGACAAAGCAGAGGCUGCAGAAUGAAGUGGAGGACCUGAUGAUUGAUGUGGAGAGAUCAAAUGCUGCCUGUGCAGCUCUGGAUAAGAAGCAGAAGAACUUUGACAAGAUCCUGGCAGAAUGGAAGCAGAAGUAUGAGGAAACGCAGGCUGAGCUGGAAGCCUCCCAGAAGGAGUCUCGCUCUCUCAGCACAGAGCUGUUCAAGAUGAAGAAUGCCUAUGAGGAGUCCUUGGACCACCUGGAAACACUCAAGCGGGAGAACAAGAACUUGCAGCAGGAGAUUUCUGACCUGACGGAGCAGAUUGCAGAGGGUGGAAAGGCAAUUCAUGAGCUGGAGAAGGUCAAGAAGCAGGUUGAGCAGGAGAAAUCUGAACUCCAAGCCUCCCUGGAGGAAGCUGAGGCCUCCCUGGAACAUGAAGAGGGGAAGAUCCUGCGCCUGCAGCUUGAGCUCAACCAAGUGAAAGCUGAGAUUGACAGGAAGAUAGCAGAGAAAGAUGAGGAGAUCGACCAGCUGAAGAGAAACCACCUCAGAAUUGUGGAGUCCAUGCAGAGCACUCUGGAUGCUGAGAUCAGGAGCAGGAAUGAAGCUCUGAGGCUGAAGAAGAAGAUGGAAGGAGACCUGAAUGAAAUGGAGAUCCAGUUGAGCCAUGCCAACCGCCAGGCUGCAGAAGCACAGAAGAACCUGAGGAACACUCAGGCUGUGCUCAAGGAUACUCAGCUACACUUGGAUGAUGCUGUCAGGACUCAGGAGGACCUGAAGGAGCAGGUGGCCAUGGUGGAGCGCAGAGCAAACCUGCUGCAGGCUGAAGUAGAGGAGCUAAGAUCAGCCCUGGAGCAAACAGAGAGGUCAAGGAAAUUGGCUGAGCAGGAGCUUCUGGAUGCCACUGAACGUGUGCAGCUGCUCCAUACCCAGAACACCAGCUUGAUCAACACCAAGAAGAAGCUGGAAACAGACAUCAUGCAAAUUCAGAGUGAAAUGGAGGAUACAAUCCAGGAAGCCAGAAAUGCAGAAGAGAAGGCCAAGAAGGCCAUCACUGAUGCAGCCAUGAUGGCAGAAGAGCUGAAGAAGGAGCAGGACACCAGUGCCCACCUGGAGAGGAUGAAGAAGAACCUGGACCAGACGGUGAAGGACCUGCAGCACCGUCUGGAUGAGGCUGAGCAGCUGGCCCUGAAGGGAGGCAAGAAGCAGUUACAGAAACUGGAGGCCAGAGUGCGAGAGCUGGAAGGGGAAGUGGAUGCUGAGCAGAAGCGCAGCGCUGAAGCUGUGAAGGGGGUGCGCAAGUACGAGAGGAGGGUGAAGGAGCUGACCUACCAGUCUGAAGAAGACAGGAAGAAUGUUCUCAGGCUGCAGGAUCUGGUGGACAAGCUGCAAAUGAAGGUGAAGUCCUACAAGAGACAAGCUGAGGAGGCUGAGGAGCUGUCCAAUGUCAACCUCUCCAAGUUCCGCAAGAUCCAGCACGAGCUGGAGGAAGCCGAGGAGAGAGCUGACAUUGCAGAGUCGCAGGUCAACAAGCUCCGAGUGAAAAGCCGUGAGUUCCAUGGCAAGAAGAUAGAAGAGGAGGAGUGAGGCUGUCAUGAGGCAGCAAAGUGCCCUGGGGGCUUCACAAAAUGUGAACCUCUCAGGCACCUUCUUCCACAUUUAAGGUCUGCCACCAGACAAUGGUGCAGACUAACCAAGACAUUAGAAGUUUUGUGGUUGUCUUGCUGUCAGUAGUGAGGAUGACAAAGCAGAAACCCCAAAGCUCUCUGUAUUUGCUGUCUGAAAGAGUGAUGGGAGUGAGUCUUCUUGGAAGUAACCUGAGUUUAGUCACAAAAUGCUUAAUAAACCCAUCCAACAGAGCUAGCUUUGAUGUCUCUCUAACUCUUCCUUCCCAUGAUACAUUAGAAGGCUUCCUGUGGUUCCCUAGUGCACUUCAGAUGUCUUUCACUUCAUUUUAUUCUCUGCACUCAUGCUUCCUGAGAGCCUGACUCUGUUUUUUUGACACUGUCUUUGCCAUCAGUUCCUCUUCUUUCACUUCUUUCUCUGAAUGUCCAUUCUCUGUCUAUACUAAAAAGCUUCAGUUUCUUACAAUCUCCAUCAGUGCAGAGCAGUAAAUACAAUUUUUUUUAGCCAUUAAUAGCAAAAAGCUGGAGGGUUUGUGUUGACCUGACAGUGCAUAGUCUUAGGAUGUGUCUGGGCCUGAACUGGUUUUCGGUCAUUUUAAUAACUGUAAUAGUCUAACAGCUAUUACUGUUAGGUUAUGCUUUGUGAGCAGUAAAGGCCUGACAAGCCUUGGAUGUCACAGAACCAUAGGAUCAUAGAAUUGUUUUGUUUGGAAGAGACCUCUGAGAUCAUCGUGUC